AUGGCCGGAUCAGCUCUACCUCUUCCACCGCCACCACCACUAUCAUUCCAAUCUCCGUCGCAAACCCAAACCCGCCACUCUUCCACCACCUUCUCCCCACCAAACCUCACUCCCCAAACACCUUCCGCUUCAAUCCGUUCCCGCCUCAGCAGAAUCUGCCAAGACGGAAACCCGAAACUCGCACGCCAACUGUUCGACACAAUUCCCAAACCAACCACCGUUCUCUGGAACACCAUCAUCAUCGGCUUCAUCUGCAACAAUCUCCCCCACGAGGCUCUCCUCUUCUACUCCCGGAUGAAAAAGACGGCGCCUUUCACCAACCCCGACCCUUACACUUACUCCUCCACACUCAAGGCUUGCGCUGAGACCAAGAACUUGAGAGCUGGUAAAGCCGUGCAUUGCCAUUUGAUCCGUUGCUUGCAGAACUCGAGCAGGGUUGUUCAUAACUCUCUGAUGAACAUGUACGUCUCUUGCUUGAGUGAAUUGGCAUCUCCCGAGUACGAUGUUGUGCGUAAAGUGUUCGAUAAUAUGCGUAAGAAGAACGUUGUGGCGUGGAAUACAUUGAUUUCUUGGUAUGUGAAAACAGAGAGAAAUGCAGAAGCUUGUAGGCAGUUUGCGAUCAUGAUGAGGAUGGAGAUAAAGCCGAGUCCCGUUAGCUUUGUGAAUGUCUUCCCCGCGGUGUCGAGUUCGAGAAGCGUUAAGAAAGCUAACGUCUUUUACGGUUUGAUGCUGAAAUUGGGAGAUGAGUAUGUGAAGGACUUGUUUGUUGUGAGCUCGGCUAUCUCCAUGUAUGCAGAGCUCGGCGAUCUUGAGUCAUCAAGGAGAGUUUUUGACUCUUGUGUUGAGAGGAACAUUGAGGUGUGGAACACAAUGAUCGGCGUCUAUGUUCAGAACGAUUUCUUGAUUGAAAGUAUUGAGCUUUUUCUUGAAGCAAUAGGAUCAAAAGAGAUUGUUUCUGAUGAAGUGACGUUUCUGUUAGCAGCGAGUGCGGUUUCAGCUCUGCAGGAAGUGGAAUUAGCAAGGCAGUUUCAUGGUUUUGUGAGCAAGAACUUUCAAGAGCUGCCGAUUGUGAUAUUUAACUCGUUGAUGGCUAUGUACUCAAGGUGUGGCUCUGUGUACGAGUCGUUUGGUGUCUUUGAUUCGAUGCGAGAGAGAGAUGUUGUAUCAUGGAACACUAUGAUCUCUGCUUUUGUUCAAAAUGGACUAGAUGAUGAAGGAUUGAUGCUGGUUUACGAGAUGCAGAAGCAAAGGUUUAAGCUUGAUUCAAUAACUGUGACUGCUUUGCUUUCUGCUGCGUCAAAUCUUAGAAACAAGGAGAUAGGGAAGCAGACUCAUGGUUUCCUUAUCAGGCAAGGGAUUGAGUUUGAAGGAAUGAAUAGUUACCUUAUCGACAUGUAUGCUAAGUCAGGACUGAUAAGGAU